AAAAAAGUCUUUGCAGAGAAGUUUCAAUUCCGCGUCUGUGUUUCUUUUGUCUUCCCCAAGAGGAUUAUCGUCUCCAUUACUCCUUAGUUUUUGAAAAUCGCCAUUAAACCUUCUUUUUCUUCAAUCAAUCUGCGUAUUAUCCACUCACCUUGGUUCUCGCGACACUUUUUGUCGAGGAAAAUAUAUUGGAACUUUUUUUUUUUACUGCGAUUUUGGAAUGAUGAGAAGGCAGCGAGAUCAGGAUUCUAGGGUUUUCUACGAUCUAUCGGCUUUGGUUUUGAGUCUCCUUCGUUCUCCUCCGAUGCCGAUUUCUCUCCCCGAUCGAUUUCCGGAUUCACCUAACCCAUCGGGUAGGAUUCGAGCUCCGUCGCAUCGGUUUUCGUCAUCGAACGCGUUGACGCAUAUAUCUCCGUCGGGCUUCGCGUCUCUGCUUCUCGGCAUAUCGGUGGCUCUUAUGCUCUGCGGAUCUGUGACUUUCUUCAUCGGCUUCCUCUUGAUGCCUUGGGUUCUGGCUCUCAUCAUGGUUUUCUACGUCGCCGGGAUCGUGUCCGCCAUUUCCAUGGCUGGGAGGUCAAUCCUCUGUUACGUCUUGGCGCCGCCUUCUCCCUCCGGAAAGGAGAUUUCUGAAUGGAAGCUUUUGUGAAGUGACAAACAACAAGCAGCUUAAAGCUCUAUCAUCGGGAAACAGAGCCGAGCAGGACAAAAGAUGGAUUAAUUAUAAACACAAUCCAAUAGAGUUUUUCUAUGUUCUUUAUCUGUAUUUUGAGGUGGAGUUGGGGGAAAAAUCUUGUGGAUAUUUGGGAGUUUUAUAUUUCUUUUUUUACGUUUAAAGGGGAAAAAAACAAGAUUUUCUAUUUUACUGUUAGGAAUAGAGAAGCCUUUUUAUUUGUGCUUUCAUCGAUAUGGUUUUUGUUAUGUAAUAACAUGAUUUCUUAAAAAGCACACAAAAGAUUUUAGGAUUUGGACUGUA